AUGGAUAAUCAUAAUGWUACAUACGAUCCGGAAUGGCCACCUGGAACCGUCAAACUUUCUCAACUACUAGGAAGAGAAUCCAAAGACGCCGAGAUUGUAUUACAGCCGCGACCAACAAACAAUCCAAACGACCCACUCAACUGGAAGAGAUGGCAAAAGACCAUCAACUACACUCUUGCGUGCUUCUACUCGAUGAUGGUCACUGCUUUCAUCAAUGCUACUUCGCCGACAUGGGGCCCACUCGCCGAGGAGCUGAAUUUCAGUGAUGCGACUCUCACCAACACAUACGCCAUUGGAUGUGCAACACUGGCGUUUGGACCUCCGAUGCUCAUCCCGUUUGCACUCAAGCUGGGACUCAGGCCGGUCUAUAUCUUCAGUAGUGUCGGCCAACUCGCGGUCUCUAUUUGGGCUGCCAGAACGAUGACUGCAGGAGACUGGUGGGGCGUCAAUUCUGUUCAGUGUUGGCUAGGUGCUCUUUCCAACGUGCUCAUUCAGAUGACCAUCGCGGACAUUUAUUUCGUCCACCAGAGAGGCCUCAAGAAUGCAAUCUACGUGUGGUCAGAACAGGUUGGAAGCUAUCUGGCAGUAGUCGCAUCAGGGUUCAUCACGACUAGCCAAGGUUGGAGAUGGGUUUGGUGGUGGUGUGCCAUCUUCUUCGGGGUUCAGUUCAUCGCUUUCUUCCUGGGAUUCGAGGAAUCGAAAUGGAUACAUCCUGACACGACCAAAGACCGAGGCGACUACAAAGACGCCAAGGGAUCCGACUCUCCUGUGACUGAGCUGGGCUCAGAUGCACCCGACCUCAGUGUCGUUUCAAUCGACCACACCAUCCUAAGGAAAACGUACCUGGAAAAGUUAUCCCUCCUCACAUCAUCUCCGGGCAGCUGGUCCGAAUUCUUACGACACUCAUGGCAGCCAUUUGUUAUCCUCGUACGAAUCCCAGGUGUUCUUUACUGCUCGUGCGUGUAUGCAAUUGUACUUGCAUACUCAAAUGUUGCGACAACUGCUCUCAGCACCAUUAUGCUUGACCCUCCAUACAGCUUCAAUGCCAACCAGAUUGGCUUAAUGAGUCUCGCACCGUUCAUUGGAAGUACGCUCGGACUGCUUAUUUGCGGCCCAAUUAGCGACUUGGUUGUGGUUCGACUCUCAAAACGCAACAAAGGAAUAUACGAGCCAGAGAUGAGAUUCUGGCUAUUCCUGCCCUUCAUUCCCUUUCUACUUGGCGGUGCCUGGUGGUUUGGWUACUCUCUCCAAAACGGAGUGUCCUGGGUUCAAGUAGCAAUCGCUUGGGGCAUGUGUCUCUUCGGUUCUGCACCUCUGCAAUCCCUGGCGUUGACCUACAUUCUCGAUGCAUACAACGAAAUCGUUGGCGAUGCGUUGACGGCGCUCAACUUCUGCCGGUAUACGCUAUCCACCAUAUUCGUCUUCGCGCUGAAUCCCUGGAUCGCUGGUAUGGGUGUGGGCAACGUUUUCAACAUCAUGGGUGCGAUUGCUCUUACCACUUUGUGCUUUUCAACACUUUUCAUCUGGCGCGGCAAGCAGUUCCGCGCGAGGACUGCUAAGACUUAUAGACACUUUGCUGCACGGCAGUACGAGGGCAGGCCACUGUAA